GGCUCUCCGAUAUGAUAUAAAUACACUCAUGUGCCUCUCACUCCCAAUGAUUCAAUUCCUAGAUAUGCUUCGCUUCACCAAGACCGACUUGUCCUAAGCAAGCAAUCUUGAGCCCUCGAGGACGUGGUAUCGAGCGUAAACUCUCAAACUUUCACUCUCUUACAAAUAAUAACCCUUUGACGAGAAACACCAUCGCGGUCUAUUAAACACCAGUAUGGCGGUAGUUGGGCGUGGUGUGGCCAAAGCGCUUGGUAUCAAUCUUGAUUACCGCAGGGAAGAGCUAGACAACUCUGGUGCCACGUCUAUCUCCUCUGUCGAGACAUACGUCGAGCGUGAACCCACUGCAGCAGAGUAUCUCUCACAGUUCAAACCUUCGUUCCCGGCCUUCAAGCGCUACGUUCGUAGCUUGUUCCCUUUCUGGGACUGGAUAUUCCAUUACAAUUUGACUUGGCUUUUCGGCGAUGUCAUUGCAGGUGUUACGGUGGGCUUUGUUGUCAUCCCUCAGGGAAUGGCCUACGCUCUGCUGGCACAGUUGCCAGCUGAGUAUGGCUUGUACACCAGUUUUGUUGGUUUCAUCCUCUACUGGGCCUUCGCAACGUCCAAAGAUAUCACCAUUGGCACCGUGGCUGUGAUGAGCACAAUUGUUGGAAACAUCGUCAUCAAAGUUCAGGCGACGAAGCCGCAUCUGGCCGCUGUUGACAUCGCUCGAGCGUUGUCGGUCAUCGCCGGUUCUGUACUGCUUUUCAUCGGCCUCGUGCGUUUUGGCAGGAUUGUCGAACUUAUUCCACUGGUCGCAAUCACAUCCUUCAUGACCGGUGCGGCUAUCAGUAUCGGAGCCGGCCAGGUUCCAGCACUGAUGGGUAUCACGGGCAUCAACACCCGCGGCCCCACGUACCAAGUCAUCAUCAACACUCUCAAAAAGCUUCCCAAUACGAAACUGGACGCGGCAAUAGGGUUGUCUGCUUUGUUUCUACUCUAUGCUAUUCGCAUCGUUUGCAACUUCAUGUCAAAGAAGCAGCCGUCUAAGAAGAAGUUCUGGUUCUUCGUUAGUACUUUGCGUAUGGCUUUUGUCAUUUUGUUGUACAUCAUGAUUAGCUGGCUUGCAAAUCGUCAUAUCAGAGGCGAUACGAAAAAGGCAAAGUUCAGGAUCCUGGGCAAAGUACCACGAGGCUUCCAGCAUGCUGGUGUCCCAACCAUCAAUACCGAGAUACUGAGUGCUAUUGCCCCUGACUUACCAGUCACCAUCAUCGUCUUGAUUCUCGAGCACAUUGCAAUUUCGAAGUCAUUCGGCCGCAUCAACAACUACGUCAUCAAUCCUUCCCAAGAAUUAGUCGCAGUCGGCUUCACAAAUGUAAUUGGACCGUUCCUUGGUGCAUAUCCUGCUACAGGAUCAUUCUCUCGGACGGCUAUCAAGUCAAAAGCAGGCGUUCGCACACCUUUAGCUGGUAUCUUUACUGCAAUCAUCGUUCUCCUGGCCUUGUAUGCACUUACAGCUGUCUUCUUCUACAUUCCUUCAGCCGGUCUUUCGGCCAUCAUCAUCCAUGCCGUUGGUGAUCUCAUCACACCGCCUAAUGUGGUAUUCCAGUUUUGGGAAACUAGUCCUCUGGAAGUCAUCAUCUUCUUUGCGGGAGUAUUCGUCACUGUCUUCACAAACAUCGAAAACGGCAUAUAUACGACCAUUGCAGCCUCCUUUGCUCUGCUUUUGUGGCGGCAACUGUUCACGCACGGUGUACUCCUUGGAAAGGUUCAAGUCUAUCGCGCAACAUCAAAAUCGAUGGCUCGCAAGGAGAACGGUAUCUCUACUUCAGAGGUUAGUGACCGUAGCAAGCGAGAGGCAUAUCUUCCCAUCAACCGCAAAGACGGAUCAAACCCUCACAUCGACAUUGAAUCACCAUACCCUGGUGUUCUCAUUUACCGUUUCACGGAGGGAUUUACUUACCUCAAUCAACAAGGCUACAUGGACGAACUGGUAGCUCACGCACAACACAUCGCUCGCCCUACGACACUGGACCGAUAUGCUAAGAUCGGUGAUCGUCCAUGGAAUGACCCUGGUCCACGCCGAGGGAAGCGGACCAAUAUCGACGACAAUAGGCCCAUUCUACACGCUAUCGUCUUAGACUUUAGCGCGGUCAACAACGUCGAUGUGACCUCCGUCCAAGGCCUGGUCGACGUUCGGGCGCAGCUCGAUCGCUACGCCGCACCUGAGUCUGUGGAGUGGCACUUCGCAUCCAUCAAUAGCCGAUGGACUAAGCGCGCUUUGACAACAGCCGGAUUUGGGUACCUCGAUCGCGAACGCUUUAGUUCGCGCCAGCAUUGGAACCCGGUAUACAGUUAUGCGCCUCUCGACACCGCGGCACCGCAAUCUGGUGACGUCGAAGCUCAAGAUGAAAUCCAGACCAUUGGCGAACAGAAAAGUUUCUCUGGCAAAGUUUCAACAAUACAUGGGCAAAACAGGCCAUUUUUCCAUAUGGACGUGCCCGCCGCAGUUGAAAGUGCAAUUAUGGGCGUUGAGACGAAGCUGGCGCAUUUCAGUCCAGGCGGGAGUUCGGAAAUGCACAUUGGUAGACAUGAGGUACAAAGUAAGUACGAAUGAGCGCAUUAUACAAGUCACUUAACUGUGUUUAAUACUUUAACCAUUCUACCCGACCUGCGACGAUAUUGCAUACGAUGUUCUAUGGUAUUUCACAUGUAAUCAAAUACGUUGUUGAAUUAUGUUUCCUAAACUGUUCAGUCAAACCUUAUACAUAUUCCCACC